AUUGUAUCAGUUCCCACACGAAGCAGCAGCAGCAUCGCUGGACGCGGAGGAACCGAGGAACUAACCCGGAGGAGACGCUGCUCUCUGCCGGAUUAAAUCGCCACAGGGUCGCCGCAGGAAGGACCGGAGUCAGGUCGGGCACCAAUAACGAUGUUCCCGGGACUCGGUCGUCCCCUUCGGAGCGGACGCGGUCUCUUGGUGUGAUGGCAGAAGUCCAGUGAGUCGCUGGCCUCUCCUCCUCUUGUGCUGGGAGUCUCGGGGAGUGCGCCGCUUUCCGCCGCUCCACAUUUCUCCAGAGGCUUUAUUGUGAAUCCAGGCGCUUGUUUCCACCGAGCCGCUCGCCGCCAUGGCCGGAGCGGCGCUUGGGAUAGGAGUGGUUAGCUAAGUCGGGAAUAUGUGUUUCAAUGGGACAGCAACGAGCAGAACGUGAGGAUUCUCUAACCCUUGCCCCCGAGUCCCAACCGUCUGAGAGGGUGUCGGACCUCACUGAGGAAAUCCUGGGCCGUUGGCACUAAAAUGUCCCUAAGUGGUGGCACUGCAGGCGGGAAAGGUGUGGACUCUAAUGCGGUGGACACUUACGACAGCGGGGAUGAGUGGGAUAUAGGUGUUGGAAAUCUGAUUAUUGACCUUGACGCUGACUUAGAGAAAGACAAACUCGAGAUGUCCGGUACCAAGGACGGAAUGGCGGCACCACCCAGUGCCGUGGCAGCGUUGCCUGACAAUAUCAGGUUUGUUAGCCCAGUGUCUGGCUCUCAAGGCAAGGAGAGCAAAUCCAAAUACAAGCGCAGUAAGAACUCUAAAGACAAUAGUAACAAAGCUGCUGCCGGAGACGGGGGUAAAAAAGAAACUGCCGGACGGACUCAGGGGGAGCCGGCAGGUACAGCAGCGAUCGCAGGAGCUGCUGGAGGUAACUCCACCUCCGGGAGGAACAUGGAAAAAGGGGGCAAAGCCUCCAGAGGUGUUCUAGGUGGUAAAAAAGAGAAAGAAGGGGCUGGUGGGAAAAGUAAGAAGGACAAAACAGAUGGAGCACCAGUCGUAGCAAUAGCUGCUGCAGAGAAGGAUGUUGUGUCUCAAGCCCAAGUUGCUUUGGGGAAUAGUCGUAAUGCGUCCUUUGAGAACACACAAUCAACAGACUUGGCUGAGGCCAAUCAAAUGGGGAAUAUUGCACUUGAACCAGUUGGGAUAGUACCAGCAUUGACCGCGAAAACUGAACCGGAGGAGGUGGAGAAUGGUAAUGGUGAAUGCAAGACGUUAAAGAAGGUGAAAAAUGAAAAGAUGGAAUCUCCUGUCUCCACGCCAGCCCCUCCCCCCCUCCACCUCCUGGCCGCAGUAGGCAACAGUGAGAUUUCCUCGCCGUGUGAGCAGAUAAUGGUGCGAACACGCUCAGUGGCAGUGAACACAUCUGAUGUGGCCCUGGCUACCGAACCCGAGUGCCUGGGGCCCUGCGAGCCCGGUACCAGUGUCAAUCUGGAAGGCAUUGUGUGGCAGGAAACUGAGGACGGCAUGCUGGUGGUCAAUGUUACCUGGAGAAACAAGACGUAUGUGGGAACCCUGUUGGACUGCACUCGCCACGACUGGGCUCCCCCCAGGUUUUGUGAAUCCCCGACAAGUGAUCUGGAGAUGAGGAACGGCCGUGGUCGAGGCAAGCGCAUGAGACCGAAUAGCAACACCCCUAUCAACGAGAACAGCAAUUCAUCAGACAACAAGGGCACCGCCAACAACAAGACGCGUGCUGCUGCAAACAGCAAGGGCCGGAGGGGCAGCCAGACGCCAUCAGAGCGGCGCACCCCACCCAACAGUAACACAGAGGACAUCAAGGCGAGUCCCUCCUCAGCUGGAAAACGCAAGACCAAACCGGCCUCGGACAUGGAGCCCAAUUCCAGCUCAGAGGACACCAAAGGUAACAAGCGGAUGCGGACGAACUCCAACAGCGGAGGGGUGGGACCAACAGGUCUGCCCAUCACUUCCAUUAAGACUGAGCCACUUCCACCUCCCCUCGAUCGCAGCUGCCCUUCUCCAGUCCUUAUCGAUUGUCCACAUCCUAACUGCAACAAGAAGUACAAGCACAUCAAUGGUCUCAAGUACCACCAAGCCCGUGCCCAUAACGACGAUGACAUCAAGUUGGAGAUAGACGCAGACAGUGAAUAUGGAGAGGAUUCAACUCUCCACCCUGAACCAGGGAACUGUAAUGGAGCAUCUAUCUCUCAGAAAGGAUCCUUGUCUCCAGCACGUUCGGUUACUCCAAAAGGCAGGAACUUUGAAGCGCAGAGUCCUUCCCCAUCUCCUGGCAAGUUUGGUUCGAAGCAGAGUAAAAAGAAAAUGGCAGAGACAGAUCCAGACACAGGAGGUACACCGAUGGACGGGUGUGAGGAUGGUCCGUGCCUCACUGAUGAGGCGAGUAAUGAUGGUAUAGAUGAUAAGAGAGGAUCCGAGAAGUCCAAAAAGGGUAGUGCCAGUCUCAAAGCUGAUAAAAUGGCCCAGAAAAAUAUGAAAUCGCCGAGGCCCCUUGGGCCCGCGUCUGCAGCAUCCCAGCAGAUGUACGCUUUUCCUCCUGGAAACCCAAGUUCUUCCCCGGGGCUUACCCCAAUGAUACAAGGUGUUCCCAAGAGUCCCCAAAUGAAAGGGACUCAGCCUAAACCGCCUGCCAUUGUAGAUCCUGCCUCCAGUAGCUCCAAAGACAAGAAGAAGAAAGACAAGAAGAAAAAGGAUGGUGCGAAGGAAGCUGACAGCCCCAAGCCUCCGGGAAAGGGUGGAAAACCAGAGGAAGGUAAGCUUCCAUAUGCUGAGCCUUGUGAUCAAGGUAUUAAGGGGGAAGGACUCCUCAAUGGUUCCUCAGAUCCUCAUCAGAGUCGCUUGGCCAGUAUGAAGGCUGAGGCUGACAAGAUUUACAGCUUUUCAGACAAUGCCCCUAGCCCAUCUAUUGGUGUAGCCAGUCGGAUAGAUGGUAGUGGGAUGCCGCAGCCUCUCACUCCACUUCAUGGGGCAAACCAAAAUGGUGCUGACAAUUCUUCCGUCAAAACUAAUAGCCCGGCUUAUUCUGACAUUUCAGAUGCUGGGGAGGACGGUGAAGGGAAACUAGAAGGCGGAGUCAAAGUGAGGACGGAGGAACAAGCCAUCAGGGAUAGUGUGAAAAAAGCACUUUUCUCCAAUCCGCCACCCAACAAAGAAUCCCCAUACUACGCCGGCUAUGAUGCAUAUUACUCACCCAAUUAUGUCAACCCCAGUGUCAGUGGGUCGAAUCCAGGCACACCAGGGGCGGAAGGUCAGGUUAAGAUCAAAAGAGAAGAAGACCUGGACCCCAUUGAGGAAAAAGUCAAGGUUGAGGUUCAUGAAGAUCGCAAACCUGACAUUGGUGUUCCUGGCCAGCAGCAGCAACAACAACAACAGCAGCAGCAACAACAACAACAACAACAGCAGCAGCAGCAGCAGCAGCAACAACAACAACAGCAGCAGCAACUACAGCAGCAGCAGCACCAACAGCAGCAGCACCAGCAGCAACAACAACAACAACAACAACAACAACAGCAGCAGCAGCAACCGUCAGUCAUUCAACAGCGAUCCAACAUGUACAUGCAACCUCUCUACUACAACCAGUAUGCUUAUGUCCCCCCGUACGCAUACCAUCCCGAUCAGGCCUACCACAACCACUUGAUGAACACCAACCCAGCCUACCGGCAACAGUACGAGGAGCGGCAGAGACAGAUGGCUGAACAGCAUCGUGCUGCUGAGAAGAAGUCAGAUGUAGCCAUAAAAGAGCGGGAGGCCUCCAUGAAGGAGGAGUGGAAACAGAAGAGCCCCAUGCCCCCAAGCCUCUCAAAAGCCCCAAGUCAGUCAGACCUGGGAAAGACGCCGCAAGCCCCAGGAAAAUUAAGGGAUUCGCCCUCUGAGCUCUCCUUGAAAUCCAGUGGAAGCAUAAAGGUGGAGGACGGAAAGUCCCAGCAAGCUGAGGGGCUGAAGAUGAAGCUGACUGAAGGGGGUCACCAUGGAAAGGAAGACUCCAAGCAAUCACUUGAGUCCAGAGGUCAGGCAGGGAUGGAGCAGGGCGUAUGGUACAGACAGCAAUUCCCUGAGGGCCAGAAGCCACAAGCAGAAGACGAACACCAGCAACCUCGAUGGAAAGACGAAAGGGACCGAGAACGGGAACGGGAUCGUAAAUUAAAGGACGACAGGCCUCGGGCCAAGGACAGUCAAAGUGUGCCCAAGGAGGACAGCAAAGAAAGUAGUGAUCCCAGAAUCUCUUCUGAGGACCACCGGGCUUUGAGCAAAGACUCUCGUUCUAAUCCCCACAUGCAGUUUUCAUCACCACUAGCGCAACACCAAGGAUACAUGCCCUACAUGCAUGGUUAUCCCUAUGGACAAGGCUAUGACCCCAACCACCCUGGAUACAGGGGCAUGCCCUCAGUUAUGAUGCAGAAUUACCCAGGCUCGUAUCUACCCGGAGGUUAUCCCUUUUCUCCAUAUGGAGGUAAAAUGAGCGGCGGCGAGGAGGGCGGCGACAAGUCUCGCGCUAGCCCCACCGUCACCAAAACGGCAACAGACUCCAAAGCCCUGGAUAUCCUGCAUCAGCACGCCAGCCAGUACAAGAGCAAAUCCCCCACAGUAGGCGACAAGCCGCCCCACGACCGGGAGCGGGAGCAGGACAGGGGAGCGUCCGGAGACCGAGAUCGGGAGAGGGAUCGGGAGAGGGAGCGGGAACGAGACGUGGACCGGCCGCGCUCCUCGCCCUCCCAGCGCAUCAUGCCCUCUCACCACCACCUGGGAUACCCUCUGCUCUCAGGCCAAUACGACCUGUCCUAUGCCACAGGUCUCUGCUUAUCAGGCAACAAGCAGCAGCCCCCCCCUCCACUCACCACCCAGGUGAAAUCCCCUGAGCAGCAGAGACAGGCAAAAGACCGACAGUGAAAGAAAACACAAGCCCGCUGAGACACGGAAACCCGACCGUCACACCUCAACCCUGCAAAGAUUCAUGUGACUGGCUCACAUGAGAAGACGAUCUCCUGGCUGUUCCCUUUAGACAUCAGUUGAAUGGUGUUUCUAUCUAUAUUUUUAUUUCCUUCUGCUGAAAAAGGACAGGCAGAUGAUUUUUUUUUUCUUCUUUUUUCUCUCUCUCUCUCUCUUUCUUGCUCUCUCUCUAUCUAUCUCUCUCUCUCUCUCUCUCUCUCUCUCCCUCUCUCUCUCUCUCUCUCUCUCUCUCUCCUCCCCCGUCGUAAAUGACCCUUGAAUUCUCUCUAAACCUCGGACUGUACCAGGACUGAUACUAACCCAGGUUCCAAGCCAUGGCUCUGCCCCAUCACGCAGAGGAAACACCAACCCGCUGAUUAUCUAGUCUUUGCACUGUCAACACAUACAAUGCAAGAAGAGACUAUUGGACUGCCAGAACAGCUUUUGUUGUUGUUAUUGUUGUUUUUUUUUUUGUUCCUUUUUGACUGCAUUGUUCUUUUGUCGCACGCAGAAAGAAAGUGGCAGUGAUUCUGGGGAGUUGGGUGGCUGAUGGGAAAAAGAGGAGUCAAACUAAAUUAAAGACUGAAUCAUACUUAAAAAUGAUUUCAACUCAUUGUCUCUCUCUCAUGAUCGCCCGUGGAACAACAGCAUAUCCGUGACUUGACAAAUGUUUGGCUAUAUUUUGUGGGGGAGGUGGAAUAUGGCCGCUGCUUCCUUCAGAGACUUUAGAGCCUGAGACUGAAGUUUUUUAAUUUUCCCCACCGUCAUUGUUAAUUCCCACCUUCUUUGAAACCCCCCCCCCGUUCAUGUUUCAGGGAUGAUGUCGUCAUGUUUUUGCGAAGGGACCGCACACACCUCAAUGGAGAAUAAACACUACUCAUGUUUUACUUGUUCUCUCAGUAAUAUUUUAGUCCAGUUCCAUAUCAUUGUGUUCAUCUGUUGAAUGUGAUGCUGGGGUUCGUCCUGGUCCCCCCCCUCCCCCGAUGGUUCGGUCCACGUCCGUCUUUCAAACUCACUCGAGCGGUGAAGCCACAUUAGCAAGCGACGAGUUCACAGGGCAUUGUCUUCACUACUUCGGGGCCACGAGCCUCAUUCAGCUCAUCGGGUUUGGAUUCUUUUUUUUUUCUGUAAACAAUGUGAAAUUCCACUCAUGUGUUCCUCUGCUGUAAAAUAGACUUUUCUCUCCUGCUCCUAUGUGCAUAUGUGUUUCUACGUAUCCCAGCAUGCAACUGUUUAAAAAACUCACUGUGAAAGAAAAAACUUUUUCACAGCGUUUAGCAUUUUGUCCUCAGUUCACAGACGUCAUUAGAUUUUGUUAUGUCCCUGCAGAUUAUUAUUUUUUGAAUCUAGUCAAACUAGUAACUUUUUUCAGAACAUCACAAACUCUGUGCAUUUUUUCUUUUCCCCAUUCAUGUCAAAGUGCAGGGAGAGAAUUUUCCAGACCCUGACAUUGUCCACAUCUCCCAUUCAAUAAUAUUUCAUAUUGACUACUCAGUCAGAUUAAGAGAAAACAAGAAGGUGAUUCAGCCGCUGUCGGAAGACGAACCUUUCUCUUGGUGCUUCGCUUGCUUUUGUGACUUCACCACGAGACACACAUUCAUCCCACACAGUCGUUAGCGUGGUUUCUCUCGCCAGCAGCUAGCGUUUUGAUUCAGCCCCACAAAACUGGGUCACUGCGUCUGAUCAGCCAGACACCGGUUGUCUUUGUUUGGUCGCUGCUCUGCGCUGAAAGCUCGAUUCCUGGCACGUUAAACACAAAGUGCAUGAAAUUACCCCUGAAACCUUCUUUCUGCUGCUACGACCACAGAGCAAACAGGAACCGAUCCGACACAGACAAUGAACUUCAUUAAAAAGGAAGAGCCGGGGAGAUGCUGGGCGGGAACUCGAUCUCACACACACACACACACAGACACGCACAUGACUGAAGUCAGAAGGCUCAAAGUUUCAUCUGAACAGAAGCUGGUUGCUCGAGGCCCUUUUUGCUCUGGAUCUCAAACUGGUGGUGCCACUCUGUAAAAUUAAACCCGGACUGGUUUAUUUGAAAUCGACACAAAGAGCGACUGUCAGCGCGGCCCUGUCCCAGCAGAGGUCCCCUGCCGGCUUUAGAUUACACGUUUCUCUCGUACCUCAGGGGUUGUAAGUGAAACUCUAUCCGUGUGCUUCUUUUGCAUUGAUUUUUGAGAGCGCUCCUGUUUGCAGGUGUGAGAUCGGCACAUUGUUCUGCUUUGAGCCGGUUCAUUCAGAAACCGGCUCAGGACAGAACGAUUGAAGGUUAAAUGCCAAAACUGAGCAGUUGUGGGUUGUGAACAUUCCUCUGAAAAGCAUAGCAAUGAGAGUUUGACCAACACUGUCAUUAAAUUGAGUUUCAUUGAUUGUAUUGGUUUUUACAAUCACGUAAAAUCUCCCCUCCCACCAUGUUGUAGUUCAUUUGUAUCCAUUCACCACAGUGAUGGAGUCUUCACGCCACCAGUCGAUCUCAUGUCCACCAACUCGUUUUUGAGGUUCUUGGUCAUUCCAAGUAAACAAGACGCCGGUUGGUCGUCCCUGCGGAUUCUUCACAGAGGGUUUUUAAAUCCCUUUUUUUUUUCUUUGGCGCAUUUUAAAGAAGAAUGGCUGACGCGAAACAAGCUGAAUGUGGUGGUGUGUGACUUGUACUUAAUCUGUGAGGGUAAUCUAGGCAGCUGUGAUGUUGUCUUUUAAAAGUCGAUGGGUUUUAGUACCAGCUGACUGCAUACAUAUAGAUUUAUCAGACAAUGGUUGUGACAAGUGCAUUUGUUCUCUCCUGCUGAGAGUAGUCAUGUUAUCUCGGUAGUAAGCGAAGCCCAGUGAAAAAUCAUAUAUUACUAAAAAAAAGUGUAUGAAAAGCCAGAAAAAGUAAUGUUUGCUAUCAACAUAUUGGAAAGUGCUUGGCUCCUUGUGUUUUGCAGGACUGUAUUUGUUUCAUGGUGAAGAGUAUAUUUAUUGGCCAGCAGUUGUCUCAAUUGGUGCCUAGUUGAACAUUCUUCUGUGAAAACACGGAGACACUUGCUUGUUUGUCCUUUUUCUGACCCACCUACUGUCACACAAACCUCCCCCCCCGCUCCUCCUCCUCAUCACCCUCCUCCUCCUCCUCCCUACAGUACCUCGACUGGUACUCGCAAGGAUGUUUACAAUGUCUUCAUUUUCUUUCUGUGUGAGAAAUUCAGAACUCAACCCCCCUCUUUCUCCUCCUUUCUCCCUCCCGUCAGGAGUUUGUGUAAAGUGUACAUUACCAUGGUUCUUUUUUAUACAAUACUCUGUAACUUGCCUUUGUAAAUUUGGGCUGGAAAAAAUAAAUCUUUUUAUGAGA